AUGUCGGAAGAGAAUACCACCAAGUCUACAGGGCAACAAAUCCCUAAACCUCCAACGUCAGCUGUCUUUUCUAUGUUUGGUGGAAAAAAAGCCGACAAAAAAGAUGAGAGUAGCGACAACAAACAGGACGACAAAGUCGAGGCCAAAAAAGAGGCAGAAGAAGCGCCAGAAUCUCCAGAUGUUCACUUUGAACCAAUUGUAACCUUGGAAAAGGUGGAUGUAAAGACUAUGGAAGAAGAUGAAGAUGUAUUGUUCAAAGUUAGAGCAAAGCUGUUCAGAUUUGACGCUGAAGCAAAGGAAUGGAAGGAAAGGGGCACUGGUGAUGUGAAGUUUUUGCAAAAUAAAGAGACCACAAAGGUCAGACUACUUAUGAGAAGAGACAAAACGUUGAAGGUUUGUGCAAAUCAUUUUAUCUCCCCGGAUUAUGUUUUAAAACCAAAUGUUGGCUCGGACAGAUCGUGGGUUUACUCAUGUACAGCCGACGUUGCUGAAGGUGAACCGGAAGCUUUCACCUUUGCCAUUAGAUUCGGCAGUAAAGAAAACGCCGACAAGUUUAAAGCAGAAUUUGAGAAGGCCCAAGAAAUAAACAAGAAAUGA